CUUUUUCUCAAAACAUGGCGGUUCACGGGAGUGAAAGUGAAGUAUUAUUAAACGAAACUUUAACAGCUCUUCAGACUACCUCAAAAGGUCGACUAAGCUAUGAUACAGAUUGGAAAAUAAAUGCUGAGUUUUCAAACCAACUUUCUUGUUCGUUCGAGUCAUUUUUGAAUGAGUCUUGGGACUCUCUUGGGGGUAUAAACACGAGCUUACUUGGUUUGGAGGAGAAUAACAGCGAUACAAGCUCUGAAAAUGAAGCUGAAUCGAGCUUAAUGACAGAAUUGAAUGAUACUGCUAAGGAACCAAACAAUGCUGUAGGGAUCUCGGUAAAUUUUGAAAGCGAAAAUGAACAUAGCAUCAAGCAGUAUAACGAUGAUUGUCGCGGAAAUGCGGAACAACGGAAAGCAGAGCAGGCGCGUACACUCAAAAGACGGAUGAAAAAUUUGAAGAUUGAAUGUGAGCAAACACUAAGGAAUAAAGAAGAAAAUUUGGCUGAAAAGAAACGACAAUUUGAAAUUGAAAUUAAAGAAUUGCAACGGCAAGAUGCAGAAGAGUUACGGAGGAGAAAAGUGGAACUUUAUAAAGAGGCCAUGGCAUAUAAACAAAGACUUGAUGAAAUAUUCACAAGGUCACUGACAGAGGAAAGUCUCGUCGCCAGAGAGAGGGAGCAACAAAUAGCUGUGCUUGAAAACUUAAAGAAAAAUGUCACUUUGCUUUACCAACAAGUUUUAAGAAACAUUGAACUUAUUCAACAGAAAUUUGCCAAUUCUAAGCACAUGUCAUUUGUUGACGCACAAGUUGCUGAAGAUAUUGCGACUGUGUUAGACAGAAUUCCACUGAAAGCUGAAGCCGAACUCUCGAAAUGUGAAGCAUCUCACGAUAUAUCUGAUGUGGAAGACCAUCUAGAAUUUAUGAGAAAGUUGAUUCAAGCAACAUUGUCUAUUGAUAAUAAAGUAGGACAUAUUUUAAAGUUAGCACAAGAGAAGGCAAUGGCUGCCGCAAAGAAAAGAGAAUCAGAAGAAGCAGAACGAAUUAAGUUUGAGGAAGCAAAACAACAAGAGCAAGUGAAACAACAACAGGAGCAAGCGAAGAAACUGGAGGCCAAUAAAAAGCUAUCUGAGAAACUUUCUGUACCAAAAAAUGAAGAAAGGUUACCUAUAGCAACUCCACAAACAAGCAAGAAAGAAAGCAAGACAACAACGGCACAAAAAUUUAUAGAAUAUAUUUCUGACAAAGCUCUAAUAGAGUACAUGGAAUUACAAGAACAUUUGAACACAGUACAGGCAUCAUUUAAAGGCUUUAUUUCAGAUUCAAAAUAUACAAAAUAUAAAUUUGAUUUGCAAAAAGCUGUCAAUAUCCCCAUCAAUGCGCUGUCAGCUCAUUCACCAAGCCAACUGAAUGAUAAAAUACAUCGCCUUGUCUCUUUGUUGAGUGGAAAUAAUGUUGAAGUUGGAGGAAGAAGAGUUAACUGCAAGACCCAUCCAAGUGCCAUGGUAAGAUACGGUGCAUCUUUCAACUGCUGGCUUUCAAUGAAGCCUGCCGCACACAAGAGAAACUCACUGAACUAACCACCUCGCAUGGCGACUAGCUCAGCAUGUUUCUCUCGUGUGUGGAUUAGAUAGUUUUCAUGAGGAUUUAACCCAUUGAGCUGCAGAGCUUCCCCAUUGACAAUUAAAAUUGUUUGGCGUUACACGAGUAAAAAACAUAAGUAGGGUACAUUACUGCUCAAUGGGUUAACUAGAGACAGCAGAAUUAUUGGUUAACCCAUUAAGCUGCAGAGCUUCCCCAUUGAUGAGUAAAAUCAUCUGGUGUUAGACAAGCAAAAAAAAAUAAGUAGGGUGCAUUGCAGCUUAAUGGGUUAACCUCUCAAGGAAAAUAUCUAUUGUGUUUGAUGUUUUUCACUUCGCCAGGAAAAAAUUUCAAAGUCUGGGAAUUUUGCAAGCUUAGUGCUGAGCUACUUGAAUAACUAGCCAAUGAGAACCCAUAGUUUUUUCAUGUGACUUUGGUCAAAAUGGCGACAAUGGAGGGAAGUGCAAACAAUCUUAUGAACAAUGUUGCUGAUCAGAGUAGUUUUCCCAACAUGUGCGGUGAAAAUGCAUAGCUGAGCUAACUGCCACAAGAGGUGGUUAGCUGAGCAAGAUUCUCUCAUGUGCAGCAGGCUUCAGCAUUAUCAAGCACCAGAUGGCACCUGAUCAACUUCACAAAUGUUGAUAAUUUAGGUUUGCAAGAAAAUUAAACUAAAUUUCUCAAUUCUACCAAACAGCUACUACAUAUAAUGAGAACAUUAUUUUCUCACUGUGGUAGCUGCAGAUGUUGACACAAUCUGGUGCACAAUAGUGGUUAGUGAAUCUUGUAUUGGGCUUAAUCCAGAUGAAUUAUUGUUUAUGAAUUCAUUUUGUGUUGCAGGUAUUUUGCAAAGAUCUGGUGGCAAAAAAGCUGGUUAUGCAAGGAGCCCAACAAGUGUCGUCCAACCCUCAAUCUGCCUUUCUUUAUGCCGCUGUUAUUGUUGGAAUAUGGACAGCGUUUCCAGACGUCGGCAAACUCAUUCUUGCCCAUUUCCACCGAAGCUACCCGUACCUCGUACCUUACUACAUCCCGCAAGUUGAGGGCCAAUCAAACAAUGAUUACCACAAGGCAUUAGGUUACUCUGUUAACAAUGAUAAAAUUGAAGAUGAGAAUCAUUUCUUGAAGAAAUUUUCAGGGACAGUUCAACUUUAUGCUGCGGUUGUAUCGUCAAAAGGUGCAGCCACGCCAGACCACCCUCAUGGCAUCGACAAAGGUUGGACUUGGCUGGCCCGAACCCUCAACCUUAAACCACACCCAAGCGUGACGGCGACAAUGCUGUUUGAAUUUAUCAAAGUUGCAGGUCACCUCCUGAUGGAAAGAUACCGUAAACAAUUUCAAAAAUUACUCCUAAUGCUAUACAAAGAUUUUAUCCCAGCCAUGGACAAGGUGACACCACCAGAGAAGCAAGGACCUAUGCAGAGAUUUAAGGAUUUCUUGGACGAAUGUGUUAAGACACAAAAAAUUCCUAUGCCUAAAGGAUACCUUACUGAACGAUGGUGGCACAGUGGACACUUUUAGAAAUGUUUGUCUUAUGCCUGGUUUAGGGAUUGACCAAUAAUCAGAAUCGGGCCAAUCUUUGACUUAUCUGUAUUUUCUGAUUGUGUAAACUGAUUGUUGAGAAAAAACACACUUUAAAAAUUAUAUACAUUGCAUGUUGAUACACACUAUAUAUACAAACACUCAACCUGAAUCUGCUUUUUUAUGAAAAAAUGAAAAUCAAAUGUUUAAUCUCUUGCAUGCAUGACAGUAUAUUACAUGUUUGGUGCUCUGUGUUUGGUGUGGAGCAAACUGUUACCACAAUGAAAUAAUAUGUGAAGCAUCAGCAUGCCAUUUAUGAAUGGUUUUAAACUUUGGUUGCAGUAACAUUACAUUGGAAAUUAUCAAUUGGAAUGAAUGAUGUCACCUUAAUUUGGUCGACUGACAUUAUGACGUCACUAGGAAAUCAGAAUCGGGUAGAUGGCACGAUUGGUCAAUUGCUAACCUAGUUAGUUGCUAGC